AGGAGAGAGAAAAGGAAGAAGAAAUAAUGGAAGAAAGAAAGAGAAUGGGGUAGAAGAUACAGCUGAGGGGUUCGCUAUCUGAGCUGUUCAUAAGAACCCCCAUGAAUUAUAGUUAGUUCUUCUUCAUCAGGUUUGCAGCAGAUCAUUUACUUUGCUUGAACUUGCCCUAUUUAGAUUUGAUCAUCAUCUUCUGUUAGAGUUAGUACUAUUGUAUUGAUUUGAAGGAAUCAUGGAAACAAUAUUAUCGAAUUCAAAAUCAAGGCAAUUGUAUUCUUGGUGGUGGGAUAGUCAUAUUAGUCCAAAAAAUUCUAAGUGGCUUCAGGAAAAUCUUACAGAUAUGGAUAAAAAGGUUAAAUCUAUGAUCAAGCUUAUUGAAGAAGAUGCAGAUUCAUUAUCAAUGCGUGCUGAAAUGUUCUAUAAGAAACGACCAGAGCUUAUGAAAUUAGUUGAGGAUUUCUAUCGAGCAUAUCGUGCGUUGGCUGAAAGAUAUGAUCAUGCAACUAGCGAGCUUCGACAAGCUCAUAAGACUAUGGAAGAAACAUUCCCUAAUCAAUUAGGGCUUUCUCCUGUUGAUGAUGAUGAUGAGAAUCAACUUCUUAUGUUUCAAGAAACCAGUGGAUUAAAUGAAAUGGGAAAUGAAGAUGAAGGUCUUCUCAGGCAUAAACAGUGUGUGGAGAAGAUAUCGGAUUUGGAGAAGAAACUCUCGCUUGCAUUGGAGGAAUCGAGGAAUCUAAACGAGAAGGUGUUUCAGGUCGAGAGCGAAAAGAUGAAUCUUGAGAAGAUUAAACUAUUAGAGAUGGAAGAUGAACUUGUUUGUGCUCGAGAGGAUAUAGAAAGGCUUAAUGAUACUGUUCUAAGAGAAACCCUGAAAUUAAAUACUUCAAUUGAGAAGAACGAUAAGUUGGAAGAAGCUAAUCGGUCUCUUCAAUCAGAGGUUGAUAAUCUCAUGAAGAGAAUCUUGAUCAAGGAUCAAGAAAUUUCUGAGAAACACGAGGAUUUGAUGAGAACUGAAACUUUGGCAAUGGAGUUGAAAAAUGUUCUUCAGAUGUUGAAGGAUUUCGAUUCUGUGAAACCUGAAAAGGAAUUGGACAUAGAAACUAUUCCUUCUGCAAUAAGGUAUUUGCACAAUGAGAAUUCAAGAUUAAUCAAAACUUGUGAUGUAAUCAAUGGAGAAAAACAGGCCCUUUUAGGAAAAAACACUCAAUUGAACGAAGAGAAAUCGAAUCUCGUUGUGAAAUUGGAGAAUCUGGAAAAAAGAUUCAAUGAGUUGGAAAAGAAACACUCUGGUUUAAAGAAAGAUAAGGAAUCCAUGCUUGAUCAAAUAGAAGAACUGAAGGUUUCAACCGGACCCCAAUUGACCAUUCUAGAAAGCAAUAUCAAUCUCCUUCGCGAGGAAAACCGACGUGCUAAGAAAGAAUUCGAGGAAGAGAUCGACAGAGCAGUAAACGCGCAGCUAGAGAUCUUUAUCUUGCAAAAGUUUGUACAAGAUAUGGAGGAGAAAAACUACGCCCUUUCGAAGCUGACAUCGGAAUUAGAGUAUGAAAUUCUCGAGCAACAAGUGGAAGUUGAAAUCCUGUUUGAGGAAAUCAGAAAACUGAAGCUGUUUAUGUAUAAGGUGUUUGGAGCCCUGGAAAUCGAUUUCGACGAGCUGUCAUUUCCUCGCGUUCUUGAGAGGAUAGAUGACUUGAAAUUCUUUCUAAAGAAUUAUGAGGAUGAUUAUUAUCAGCUAUUAGUCGAAAACUCAGUUCUUCAAUAUGAUAGAGUUGAAAGAGAUGAAUUGCUUAAUGUCCUCCAGACCGAAAUGAAUGGUAUUCGUGCGAAAAACAAAGAUUUGGAAAGAGAACUCUCGAAGGGUCGGGAAAAGAAUUUGGAGCUUUCCAGAACCAUCGAGAAGAUAAAAACCAAUCAUAAUAAAGAGUCGAAGAUGAUCACAGAAAAUCUAGAAGACCAAAUUCUCGAACUCUUAGAAGUAUGUUGCAGUCAGAAAAAUGCGAUGAAAAACCUUAAGGAAACGACAAUGAACGAGUUCAAAAGGUGGGAAUCUGAUGCCUCGGCUUUCUAUAUAGAUCUUCAAGUUUCUAAUGUCCUCCAAGUUGUUUAUCAAACCAAGGUCCAUGAGCUUGUUGAAGCUUGUCAAACACUUGCAAAUGAAAGUGGUUCGAAAACUAUGAAGAUCGAACGAAUUAAUGAAAGAGCCGGUUACAUGGAGAGUGAGAUUGGAGGCCUUAGAUUGCAGUUAUCCAUUCUCGAAAAAAAUCACAUGGAUUUGCUCAAGCAUAUCGUCUUCUUUCCAUUGGAUCCUAGCGUAGUCAACAGUUUAGAAUCAAAGGAUUACAGAGACAAUGGCACGUCAAUGCUGCAAGAUCGUGAAUCAGUUAUAUCGAAGAGAAUAAUAACCGAAGCAGUUGACAUGAUGGUGACGAAAAAUAUACUGAAACUGGAAGAAGAUAAAGAUAAUGAUACUCCACUUGACGACUCGGCCUCUCUUGACUUGCUAAUCGAGAAGGAGAUGAGUGUGGACAAUGUAGAACAGCCUCGAUGGAAUAUUUUGGAAAGAUUGUCUUCGGAUGCUGAAAAGCUGGCAAACCUCAAGAUGAGAACACUCGGUCUACUAAUCAAGUUAGCGAUAAGCGAGAGGAAUAAGAAGACGAAGAAGAAGAUGAAGAAAAUGAAAGGGAUCGACUUUGAGGCAUUGAAAGAACAACUGACUGAAGUAGAGGAAGCAGUUAUACAGUUAGAGUGUUUGAACAGUCGGCUUAAGAGAAACUUGGAAGAGAUUCCCUCUAGUUCGAAUGAAAAUGAAACGAUGGAAAACUUCCAUAUGAAAAGGGUGUCGGAAUUGGCACGUAAAGGAUCAGAAAAUAUAGCCGGGUUGGAAAUGGAAUUUGCGAAGAUUCAGUUUGUUGUCAUGAAACUCGAGGAGGAAGAAGAGGAUGAAAGGAAGGGUAGAGUAGGAAUACGAUUUUCGAAGAGCAAUAUUAGUGUUGUUUCUAUUCAGAAUUGGAAACGAGGUAGCCAAAAAAGAAAGAAGCCUUUUCUAAGUGGGUGUUUCGUCCCUGAUUCAACUCCUCGGCCCAGGAUAGGUAUGUGAUUUGUGAUUGAUUCUUGUUUUGGGAGAGUAAAAUCCCCACAAAAAUAUUAUUUUUUAGAUCUUAGAUGUGGUCAUAAGGUUUUGUUGUAAUUAGAUUCUUAUUGGAAGCUUUGUUCUAAAGGAUCUAUCAAUUUUUGUUUCUUAAUAUAUAAAUAUUGGUUGUAUGUGUUUAA